UAUAUAACAAGAUACUUUUAGCCCUUAGAAAUAUUAAUAUAAUCUGAAAUCCGACAAAAAAAACACAAACAUGUAUCCGGAACUCAUGUUUGUGUUUGGAGACAUUUGAACGUCAUAUGCAAACUUCGAAGGAAGUUGAGUGAUCCUUCUGUUCGGUUAGUAGUGACGAAAAAUCAUUAAAACUAGCAUGUACAUUAUUUACAGGUACUCUCAUUCUCAAUGGUAACCCAGUCUUGCAUUCGUCUUCUAUAUACUUGCAGACACGUUUUUCACAUCCGACAAGUUCACGCCAAUGUGUUAAUCAAUGGAACAUUCAAUGAUCUCAUUGUUGCAAACAAGCUUCUUUACUUCUAUGUCCAACAUAAAGCCAUUAAUGAUGCACAUCAUCUGUUUGACGAAAUGACAACGAGAGACCCAACAACUUGGAGUGUAAUGGUUGGUGGAUUUGCCAAACUUGGUGACUAUUCCAAUUGCUAUGCAACCUUUAGGGAGAUUCUCAGAAGUGGUGUUACACCUGAUAACUACAGUUUGCCUUUUGUGAUAAGAACUUGUAGAGACAGAAAGGACUUUCAAAUGGGUCAAAUGAUCCAUGAUGUUGUGUUGAAACAUGGGUUGCAAUUGGAUCAUUUUGUUUGUGCUACACUUGUGGAUAUGUAUGCUAAGUGUACGGCGAUUGAGGAUGCUCGGAAGUUGUUUGAUGUAAUGCUUAGUAAGGAUCUUGUAACUUGGACGGUUAUGAUCGGUGCUUAUGCGGAUUGUGAUGCUUAUGAGUCGUUGGUUUUGUUUGAUCGGAUGAGGGAAGAAGGUUUUGUUCCUGAUAAGAUUGCUAUGGUGACUGUUGUUAAUGCCUGUGCGAAAUUGGGAGCUAUGCAUAGAGCGAGGUUUGUUAAUGAGUAUAUUUGUAGGAAUGGUUUGUCUUUGGAUGUGAUUUUAGGGACUGCGAUGAUUGACAUGUAUGCCAAGUGUGGAUGCCUUGAGUCUGCAAGAGAGGUUUUCGAUAGGAUGAGAGAGAAAAAUGUUAUUUCGUGGAGUGCCAUGAUUGCUGCUUAUGGAUAUCAUGGGAAGGGGAAGGAAGCUCUUGACUUAUUUCAUAUGAUGUUGAGCUGUGGAAUUUUGCCGAAUAGGAUCACCUUUGUCUCCCUCUUAUAUGCUUGUAGUCAUGCAGGAUUGACUGAAGAGGGUAUUCGCUUCUUCGAUUCAAUGUGGGGAGAUUAUGCAGUUAGACCUGAUGUCAAACAUUAUACUUGUCUGGUUGAUCUUCUCGGACGUGCCGGGAGGCUAGACGAGGCAGUAAAAUUGAUCGAGAAAAUGGCUGUUGAAAAAGACGAGAGACUGUGGAGUGCUUUGCUUGGUGCAUGUAGAAUUCAUGGAAACAUGGAGUUGGCAGAAAAAGCAGCUAAUUCUCUACUCGAACUACAGCCCCAAAAUCCAGGGCACUAUGUAUUACUGUCUAAUAUUUAUGCAAAAGCCGGUAAAUUUGAAAAAGUGGCAGAAUUUAGGGAUAUGAUGACCCAGAAGAAGCUGAAAAAAGUUCCGGGAUGGACAUGGAUUGAAGUGGAUAACAAAACCUAUCAGUUUAGUGUUGGGGAUAGAUCUCAUCCUCAAUCAAAUGAGAUCUACAGAACAUUGAUGAGUGUAAUUAAGAAGCUGGAGAUUGCUGGUUAUGUACCUGAUACAGAAUUUGUGUUGCAAGAUGUUGAGGAGGAAGUUAAGAAAGAAAUGUUGUAUACACAUAGUGAAAAGCUUGCUAUUGCAUUUGGUUUAAUUGCCAUCCGGAAAGGCGAUCCUAUUAGGAUCUCUAAAAACCUUAGAGUCUGCGGUGAUUGUCACACGUUUUGUAAGAUGGUAUCAGAUAUCAUGAGAAGGUCUAUAAUUGUUCGGGAUGCGAAUCGGUUUCACCAUUUUAAUGAAGGGACUUGCUCAUGUGGAGACUAUUGGUAGCAUAUGACAAUUUACAGGUCAAUUUUCUCUGUCUAACUAAAACCUAACAUGUAAUUCAACUCAAUAUUGUAUGAUUUAAAUUUAAAUUUAGUUGAACUUUGUAAUUUAUGGAAUCUAUGUCAUGUUUAAUGAGAGAAAACCAUGAUUUCGGAACCUAGUCGAAUCGUGGAAGUAAAGAGUUGUCUUUAACGUAUAGUUUUUUUGAUAUUUAUAAAAAGUUAUGCACGUGA